GAAAAACUGCCAGUGCUCCCGACUAACCAAACAUAUACCAGGCUAGGAUCGUUCGCCCGGUGUGCAACUGCAAUCCCAGAAUAUUUGAAUCUGCUGAUUACAAAGCUUGAUAUCAGAUUAGCGAGGGCAUGCUCGGUGGCCCAGCGCCAGCAGCAGCUGGGCGAAUAAACAUAAGCAACAGCAGCAAGUGGCUUGUGUUAGAGCCUGUACCACAUUUGUUUGGGCAUAAAUUAUUGCAGGCUUAUCAGCGUGGAGAUGGGCGUGCUUGUGGUCCUAGAAUCUGCUGCUGAGCAGCCUCUGGUCGCCGUAUCGACGCUCCUCGCUUGCGUUUCGGGCAAGCGGGGCUCCAGGGCACUGCGUGCUUUAAAGGCGAGCGAUGGACACAACGUGCACGCUUUAGUCGCACUCGUCGCGGAAUGGCGUGGACGAGACGCUGCGUUUGCGCACACGCUCUCAGGAGCGCUCAGGAGCGCACGGUUGCGCAGGCCCUUCAGCCUGCGGCUCGCCCUCCCAUGCGUGCCCUUGCUGGAGCUGGAAGCAGCUGGCAUCACGGCACAAGAACUCCAGGUGCUCAUGCAGCAGCAGCAGCAGCAGCAGCAGCAGCAGCAGGGGCUGCAGGCGCCCGCUGCUGCCGCUGCAGACUAUAGCAGCAGGGGCGGCGGCGGCAGCAGCACGGAACGCGGUGGUGGAAGCACGGCGGCGGCAAUAAUGGAAAUAAUGGAACGCAAAGCGGCACUGGACGGCACCGCUAGCGCCACACCAGCAGCGGCAGGCGUGCCAUCGGAGGCGACGCAGUUGCCGUCAGAGGUGGAUGCGGAGGUCUGGUUCACAACCUAGAAAGGUCGUGGUGCAGAAGUCCAAUUUAGUGGUCCAAGGUUCAAGACAAGGCUCAAGAUCCAAGGCUCGAGGAGGAGCACCAUGGCUCCUCGGUUUGCACGAACUGGUAGUGCUCCACUACUAUAACACGGUGUUUCCCUAGCUCGAUAUGCUAGGUGUGCAGGCUCGGAUGUAGUGGACUUUGAAGAGCGGCCUAGGACUUGGAGGUUGUAGUUUCGGAGGUCGUGACUCUUUUGUGGUGAGGCGUCAGCGUGAGGGGGGCGGGCCCUCUCGCCCUAGUCACCUUACCCCGUUAAUCCAUGCCAGGCCCUAUGGGCCGGCAUUGUAAUUAUUAUUAUUA